UGGGGGACCAUGGCUAAUCCUCACGUGAGGCAGAUCAAGAUCAGAACGGGUGUCGUGAAGCGGUUGAUCAAAGAAAAAUCAAUGUAUGAAAAAGAAGCAAAACAACAAGAAGAAAAAGUUGAAAAAAUGAAAGCUGAAGAUGGUGAAAACUAUGCCAUUAAGAAGUUGGAAAAUGAAAAAGACUUGGAAAAAUCUGAAAAAUAUAAAGAAGCAUGUUCAGUCCUGGAUUCAGUGAAGUUAGGGCUUAAAAUGUUUCUCAAUACUGAAUGA